CCAGUAGUUGCCAACUUAUAUAAUACGCGAGUUCACCUCAAGAAGAAGAAAUAGAUUAUAAACCAACUCCACCUCAACGAAGAAAAACCAUUCAGCAAGAAACAUAGACAAACCCACUUCUGAUACACAUUAAACGAUCUAUCACUUUCCUUCAAGAAAAAAGCUACAUUUUAAAUACAAUCUUUCACAAUCACAAGCAAAAUAUUCCCAAGUCUAUAUGCUCUUAUUUCAAGUGCUAACCUUUCUUUUCCACUUCUUUUAUAUAUUUAUAUUAUUAUUACUACACUUACACCACUUCUAUGUGGCUUUUUUUCUUUUAUUUUCUUUCUUGCUGGGAUGUUGUUCAACGGCUGCUUCCGACACAUUUAGGUACUACCCCAAUAAAUAAUUCAUUUUCUUGGUAUAUAUAAUUUGGUGCGUGUCAGUACGUGUUGUCUUCAAAGUUCUUUACUGGGGCGGGUGGUUUGGCAAAUGGGUCGUUGUUAGAAUUCCUGAAUUUGCACUGCAAAUGAUUUUCUUGAAUUUCUGAGAGCAUCUUCCAUGGAUCUUGAAAGUGGGUCUUAUCAGAAUCUAGUAAAGAGAGAGUCUUGGAGAACAACACUUACAUUGGCUUAUCAGAGUUUGGGAGUUGUAUACGGGGACUUGGGUAUAUCACCAUUGUAUGUGUACAAGAAUACUUUUGAUGAAGAUAUUGCACAUUCUGAGUCCAACGACGAAAUCUAUGGAGUUCUGUCCCUUGUCUUCUGGACAUUAACUCUUAUUCCUCUUUUGAAGUAUGUGUUCAUUGUGCUGAGAGCUGAUGACAAUGGCGAAGGAGGCACAUUUGCACUGUAUUCACUCUUAUGUAGACACGCCAAAGUAAAUUCAUUGCCUAGUUGUCAGUUGGCUGAUGAGGAUUUGUCUGCUUACAAGAAGGAUAUCACUAGUCCUGAACCAUCAACUUUUGGGGCAAGGCUAAAAUCUACUCUUGAAAGAUACAGAGUGUUGCAGAAAUCUUUGCUUGUGUUGGCUCUUCUUGGUGCUUGUAUGGUGAUUGGAGAUGGUAUAUUGACUCCAGCGAUUUCGGUAUUUUCCGCAGUUUCUGGUGUUGAACUUGCCAUGGCAAAAGAGCAUCACAAGUAUGUAGAAGUACCAGUUGCUUGUAUCGUACUGAUAGCCUUGUUUGCCCUUCAACAUUAUGGCACCCACAGGGUUGGAUUCUUGUUCGCCCCCGUGGUCAUAAUAUGGCUCUUGUGCAUCAGUGCUAUUGGUCUGUAUAAUAUUCUCCACUGGAAUCCUCACGUGUAUCGAGCUCUAUCACCAUACUACAUUUACAGAUUCUUAAAGAAAACUCAGGUAGAAGGUUGGAUGUCCUUGGGAGGAAUUCUACUCUGCAUAACAGGUUCAGAAGCAAUGUUUGCAGAUCUUGGGCACUUUUCCCAGUUGUCGAUAAAGAUAGCUUUCACAUUUUUUAUCUACCCAUCACUGGUCCUUGCAUAUAUGGGGCAAGCUGCAUAUCUUUCUCAGCAUCACGAUAUUCAAACUGAUUACCGGGUUGGAUUUUACGUCUCUGUACCUGAGAAAUUAAGAUGGCCGGUUCUGGUGAUUGCUGUCCUUGCUGCAGUGGUUGGAAGCCAAGCCAUUAUUACCGGAACUUUUUCAAUCAUUAAGCAGUGCUCUGCUCUGGGGUGCUUUCCUAGAGUCAAAAUAGUUCACACGUCUUCAAAAUUUCAUGGGCAGAUAUACAUACCUGAAAUCAAUUGGAUUUUGAUGAUCCUAUGUCUUGCUGUCAUUAUUGGCUUCAGAGACACCAGGCGAAUGGGUAACGCAUCAGGUCUGGCAGUUAUUACUGUGAUGUUGGUUACAACUUGCUUGAUGUCGCUCGUAAUUGUUUUAUGCUGGCACCAGAGCGUUCUUCUAGCAAUUAUCUUCGUUUUAUUUUUUGGUGCAAUAGAAGCCCUCUUUUUCUCUGCUACUCUGAUCAAAUUCCUAGAAGGAGCCUGGGUGCCAAUUGCCUUUUCAUUCGUCUUCAUGAUAGUGAUGUGUGUCUGGCACUAUGGGACACUGAAAACGUACGAGUUUGAUGUUCAAAACAAGGUAUCUGUUGACUGGCUCCUCGAGCUCGCUCCCAGUUUGGGCAUCGUACGGGUACGUGGCAUCGGCCUCAUACACACAGAACUUGUAUCCGGAAUCCCAGCUAUCUUCUCUCAUUUCGUCACCAAUCUUCCAGCCUUCCACCAGGUUCUUGUUUUCCUAUGCAUUAAAUCCGUCCCCGUUCCCCAUGUUAGACACGAGGAGCGUUUCCUUGUCGGACAUAUUGGUCCGAAAGACUACCGUAUCUACAGAUGCAUUGUCCGGUAUGGUUAUCGUGAUGCUCACAAGGACGACUUACAAUUUGAGAACGAUCUUGUUUGUAGCAUAGCAGAGUUUAUAAGGACUGGAAAGACAUGUCUAACCGACGCAGACAAACACUCACCAACACAAGGUGAUGAAAUGGUUGUAGUUGGGACACCCUCUACUCAUCUAGAUGGGAUUCAAUUGUGUGAGGAAAACGGGGCAAAUCUUGAAAUGCCUGGAACGUCUGAGCUAAGAGAAAUACGGUCUCCACCGGCUGUUAAGCCAAGAAAACGAGUAAGGUUUGUGAUUCCUGAGAGCCCGAUGAUGGACAAAGGUGCACGUGAGGAGCUACGGGAGCUAAUGGAAGCUAGAGAAGGCGGCGUGGCAUACAUAUUGGGACACUCAUAUGUGAGAGCAAAGCAAGGGUCAAGUUUGGUAAAGCAAAUGGUGAUAAAUUUUGGGUAUGAUUUUUUGAGGAGGAAUUGUAGGGCUCCCACUUAUGCUUUGAGUGUGCCUCAUGCUUCAACAUUAGAAGUGGGAAUGGUGUACCAUAUAUAAAUGGAUGUGGGUUGUAAAGAAUGUUUUUCAAGUGUUUUUGUACAUGUGUUUUGUAACUAGAUGGAAUUAUUACAGAUGUUGAUGGUACUGAAAAUGAGAUUGUUAGAAAGAUAUGAGAUAA